AUGCCGAUUCGCGACGCGUCCAAGCCCGAUGUGUUUGGCUCCUUGUUCCUCGACUUUGUAGACGAAGGUCAUCUGACAGACUUGACCUCGCUGUGGAGCAAGUACGGGUGGGCGCAGCGCAUGCCACAGUCGCUGAUGGACCGAUCGCGCGGCCGCGACGGCAACUUCUACUUUGUACCGUUCAACAUGGACGGUUUUGGUCUGUACUAUCUCCAGCCGGCGCUUGCAUCCACCGGGCUCUCUCAUCCACCCGAGACCUGGCAGCAACUGGAAGCUUUCUGUGCGGCGUGGAAGAUGGCGACGUCGAACCCGUGCCUCACUCUUGCCAACAUCAUUACUAUCGAGCCGUUCAUCUGGUUUGACUACAUCAACUGGCGGAUGCACGGACACGAGUUCCACCGGGCGUGGCUCAACGGCGACGUGGCAUUUACCGACCCUCGCAUCAACGCCACAACCGCCUCGCUCUACCACUUUCUCUCGUCGGGCUACAUCAAAGUCGACGGCUCGUUGGCUGACUUUUACACGGGCACGUCACCGCUGUCUGUUUUCACCGAGGCCGUGCACAAGUUCUCACCCGUUCUCACCAACAGCACUGCCUUCCUCUCGCUCAUCAAGCAUACCACUUUCCCCUCGAUGAAUGCAGCAGUCCCCCGGACUGAAACCGAGGGCAUAAUCUCGCUCCGGUACUGCAUCCCGACCAAUGCUGGCAACGCUGCUGGCGCGCGCGACUUUCUCGAGUGGCUCAUGCUGCCGUCGACACAGAGCGUUUACUUUGCGCUUGCGCCGAUCACAACACCUGUGCUCAACACUACAACGCCAGGGGAUCCGAUUCUCAAAGCGGUUGCGGACACUAUGUUCUCAGCAGCGAACCUGCUGCAUCUUUCAUGGGAAGGCCUCGACUCGGCGAUUGUGCGCACCGAGUGGUCAGAGGAUUUUGACGCUUGGUUCCGCAACUCGUCACGGCCAUCACCCGAGUCCAUGCUCGCCAAGAUGGAGGCGAAGCGGAUCGAGGCCUACUUUUCGGUUGCUGUCACCCCGACCGCCUCGCCGGAGCCUGGUACCUUCACCUCUGCCCUUGAGAUCACAUUGGGCACACUUACCGACGGCGCAGAUGUGUACUACACGCUUGAUGGCUCGAUCCCAUUCGACGGUUCGCUCAAGUACUCUGAGCCGAUUCGCAUCGACACCUCGACGUUUGUCAUUAUUCGGGCAGUGGCCAUUCGGCCUGGCCUUUCCAAGUCGCCUUUUUUUGAGGGGACGUACAGGGUUGUUUUGCCGUCGCCAUUGCCGGCAGCAUCGUCGCCCACGACCCUCAUCUUGCUCGCCACGCUAGGUGCCGCCAUUGUGGUCGGCUGCAUUGGCAUCGGCGGCUUUGUCUACUAUCGAUCGCGGACCAAGUCCGUGACGUUUAUGCUCAAGGGCGACGACCAGCUCCUGGUGGCAUACGAGGAUCUGGACGGACUCAAGCCCAUCGGCAUGGGCUCGUUUGGCACCGUGUACAAGGCCAGCUACCGCGGCACGACCGUGGCCAUCAAGGAAAUGCACACCCGCAAGCUCAACGAGGAGCUCAUCGAGACGUUCCUCGCCGAGGCCCGGGUCAUGCUCAACCUUCGCCACACCAACAUUGUGCUCUUUAUGGGCGCGUGCCUCCAUCCGCUCGUCCUCGUCACCGAGUACAUGUCGCGUGGCUCUCUCUACGAUGUCAUCCACAACGAAAACUGCGAGAUCGGACUCGGGCUCAAGGUCAAGCUCGCGCUUGACAUGGCGCGCGGCCUGGCUUUCCUCCACUCGCACUCGUUCCUCCACCGCGACCUCAAGUCGCUCAACAUUCUCGUCGAUGAAAACUGGGUGGCAAAGGUCGCUGACUUUGGCAUGACCUCGUUCAAGCUGCCGUCGGCGUCCGCUAAGACCAAGCCUUCCAGGUCAAAGGUCUGGACAUCUACCAUGGGCCACGGCGAGACAGCAAUGGCUAGCUCAAUCUCGGUCGGCCAACAAUCUGUGGUGAUGCAACCGCCGGCGCACAUUUCGCGCUCAGAUGGCGUCACCUCGUCCGACGACGAUGAUGCACGGAUCGAGCUUCUCGGCUCGAUGUACUGGACCGCGCCUGAGGUGCUCGAGAACGCCGAGUCCUACACGGAGGCCUCAGACAUGUACUCGUUUGGCAUCACACUGUGGGAACUCUUUGCACGGGCGGACCUCUUUGUCGGCCAGCACCCGUUUGCGGUGGCCAUCGGCGUGCUCUCGGGCGAUCUCCGCCCGGACGUCUACCAAGUCCCACUUGAUUGUCAGGUUGUAGUCCCGCUAAUGGAGCGGGCAUGGGCCAAAGCGCCGUUGGCGCGCCCUGCGUUCUCUACCGUCAUCGAGGAGCUGGACGCCAUUCGCGACUCGGUUCCGGUAGUUCUGCCCAAGACCGAUGUCGAGCCGGUCGGCACUGUUGUGUGUGCUACGGUCAUGGUUGGCCAUCUCGUCGAGGCAAUGGAGGUCAUCCCGCGCGAGUUCGGCUCGGUUCUCCUUGUCUUCCACAAGUAUGUGGAAAAGGCGGCUGCCAAGUCGCUCGGCUAUGUGUGGCGGCAGGAAGUCGACCGAGCAUACCUCACGUUUUCCAAGCCGACCCACUUUGUGCGGUUCAUCGACCGGCUCCUCCGGUCGAUGGAGAGCCACAGGUGGCCACGGGCGUUGCUUCGCGAGUCAUUUGGUGCACCAGUGACGUCGCCUGAAGGCGAAGUUGUGCUCCGUGGGCCGCGGGUGACAAUCGCAGCUACCUAUGGCUCCACCAACAGCGCCCGCGACCCGCGAACGUACCUGCUCCAGUACUCGGGCGCCCCGAUCACCGAACUUUGCGAGCUCGAGUCGAUGAUCUUGCCGGGCCAGAAUCUGGUCACCGAGCCGCUGCUGCGUGAAACGCAGACUGCGCUGCUCGAAGCCAACUUUCAGCUGUCGUCGUCGCCGAUGUACAUUGCGUCACACGGCCAGCUGUUUCAGAUCGCCCGCAAGGGGCGUGCCCUUGACUUCAACUCGUUCUACGCGUCCAACCAGUGGUCGUCGGCGCGGCCUCGCCACUCGGCAUUCGACCGCACAUCGCUCAAGCACUCGAUGACUCUGACGCUACCACAGGUUCUGAACCAGUCACACAGUGGGCCUCCUGAAAUGGCGUCGUCGACUUGCCCGGCAGCGACGUCUGCAGACCCUGCGCCCGAGGUGCGCAAGCCCUCCCGCCGCGCCAACAAGGUUGCCCCGCAGCCGUCUUCCUCCUCGUCGUCUUCCUCGUUGCAGGUUGUCUCUGCAGCUGAUGACGACCGGCCGCCGCUGCCAUCGUCCGAAUCGGAGAGCUCGUUCUCUGCUCGCCCCAAGCCAAAGUUGGGGCUGUCGACGUCGAUUCGGCUCCACGCCUCGGCCUCGUUCCCGACGUCCAAUUCGGCAGCAGUACUCGAGGCCGGAUCGCCAUGGAUCAUCGCGCUUGACACCAUGAACGCGGCUUUGACCAAGGCGACCCGAGUCGGUGUCGGCUCGUACACUGAGUCGUUUGUGAGCGAGUGGGCAAAUGGAAGGAUUGUGCUCAUCAAGAAGUUGUUGCAGCAGCAUGCAUCGAUCGAGUACCGCAUCAUGUUCCUUGUCGACAUUUGCCUUCUCCGGCAACUGCGGCACCAAGCACUCCUUCCGCUUCAGGAGAACGGAUCGGUUGCCGACACGCUCUUUUCCCACGGACCGCCGUCGAUCUUUCCGCCGUCGACCAUGUCGGCUAUGUUUGCCGAGCGCAAGAGGAGAAAGCGCCGCGACCGGCAACCGGUCCUGUCCCUCGCGGACAAGCUCUGCAUCAUGCGGGCCAUCCUCGAUGGGCUUCACUACCUCCAUCAGCGCGGACAUUCGUUCUCGGGCCUCAAGCCCACCAACAUCCUCCUCACCACGGUCGAGAACGCCAAUGGCUCCAUCGGCUUCUCGGCCGUCCUCUCUGACUACGGCCUCGUCGAGCUCAAGCAGUCGCUCGGCACCAUGACCAUGUCGCAGACAGCCAUGUACGAGUCACCCGAGGUGCUCCGUGGCGAGGAGCGGACUCAGGCAUCGGACGUCUUUUCGUUCGGCACCAUCCUCUUUGAGCUCUUUACCGAAGAGACGGUCUUCCCUCGGACCAUGAAUGCCAUGGAGGUGGCCUUUGCCAUCGCUCGCGGCUUUGAGGUCGUCAUCCCAUCGUCGGUCCCGCUCGAGGUGGCCGACAUCAUCACCUCGUGCUGGGCCACCAAUCCUACCCUUCGCCCCACCGUCGCCUCGCUCAAGGCCUCCAUCGAGACCUUUGAGAUCAUGGAGCACUCAUCUGGAUAA